AUUACCAAAGGGUUGGUGGAGCAUUAAGAAAGUAAGAGAUAUCACGCAUUUUGUAUUCUAACCCAAGACAAACUCUUCACCAGCGGAAUUAUUAUUAUGUCCAACGCGCAGUACCGACCAGAGGUUUUACCGAUGCAGGGCGCUAAGUAUGAGCAGAGCAAUAUUGCUGGAAACCAGAUUGGGUUGCGGAUGUCAUCUGCCCCCCCACCGCGGGAUCAUAUCCUUUGGUCUUUGCUCAACUUUGUCUACUGUAAUCCUGUAUGCCUGGGGCUCGUAGCUCUUUACUACUCUAUCAAGGCGAGGGACCGAAAGAUGCUGGGGGACAUGGAAAGUGGCCGGCUGUACGGAUCUAAAGCUCGCUGCCUUAACAUCGUCUCACUCUGCAUCACCGUGUUUUCCCUGCUUGUGAUCAUUGUCAUUCUUUGCGUUAGUCUAACGACAGUUGCCCAAGCAUACGAAGAAGUGAUCAAUCAGAUCAAACAGAAUGAUUAGAAAGAGAUUACAUUUACUUACCGCUCGAUCAUUAAAACGGAGCAAAGAUAUAUAACUAUCAAAUGCUAUUGUAAACAGAAUAUUUAGUCUCAUAAUAUUGUACCUACUUUAAAUAUAUUCAGCCUAUUUGUUUUGUUUCACGUAGUUACUUUUAUUCAGGUUUGUAGCCUGUCAUAUUCGCCUGUUUAAAGAUAAGGCAUGCAAUGUUUAUAUAAAAGCAAAUAUACUUAAGGUCCAGUACACAGACCUUACGUUUCUCUUAUUAUGAUUUUAUUAGAUAAAUAUGAAUAAACAGCAGAGUACACAUACAAAA